AUGGCCCUUUUUGAGGAGUUCUACUUGGGGUCCAUGGACCUUGGGCGUCUAAACUAUGGGAUCGUUACCCUCAUCCCCAAGGUCCCGGGUGCCUCCGAUAUUCGCCAGUUUCGGCAUAUCAUAGUGAUCAAUGUGAUAUUCCGGAUCCUGGCUAAAGGGUACGCCAAUAGGGUGACCCUUCUUGUUGACUCGGUUACCCACCCCAACCAAUCCGCCUUCAUCCAAGGCCGAUUUAUUCUGGAUGGGGUGUUGGUCUUUCACGAAGUCCUGCACGAGGUCCAGACUAAACACCUUCGUGCGGUCUUUCUGAAGCUCGACUUCCACAAAGCAUACGACACGGUCCACUGGCCUUUCCUUCGGGAAGUACUGCUCCGCAAGGGCUUCGACGACCGGCGGGUGACCAGAGUUAUGCAGCUCGUCUCCUGCGGUCGGACCGCUGUGAACAAUAAUGUGACGCCCCCGAUUUGA